CAUAUGACCCAGCGUCUCUUCCGCCCUCUGAAGUUAGAACUGCAUGGGUAGCUGUGAGGAGCCCUGCCGGGGUUGGGGGCACUAUGUCCCCAGCCCCGUGCUCCUCCUGAGUCUACUUCUGACAGCAGCUCCUUUUGGCCUGCUGGGGGAGGAAACCCGCCAGGUGUCUCUGGAGGUCAUCUCUGACGGGCUGGACCCUCCCCAGAACCUGCUUCAUAUCCAUGCAGUGGGUACCAACUCCACACUGCACUAUGUGUGGAGCAGCCUAGGGCCCCCAGCAGUGCUACUAGUGGCCACCAAUACCCCCCACAGCACCCUGCGUGUGAACUGGAGCCUCCUGAUCUCCUCUGACCCUGAAGGGAGCUUGAUGGUGCUCCCCAAAGACAGCAUCCAAUUUUCUUCUGCCGUUGUCUUUACCAGGCUGUUUGAAUUUGACAGCACCAACACAUCCGAUGCAGUGACAAAGCCUCCAAGAAAAUCGUAUCCUCCGUAUUCCUUGGCUGAGUUCUCUUGGAACAACAUCACUGAUUCAUUGGAUCCUGCCACCCUGAGUGCCACAUUUCGAGGCCACCCCAUUCACGACCCUACCGGGGCUUUUGCCAAUGGCAGCUUGGCCCUCAGGGUGCAGGCAUUCUCCAAAUCUGGCCGACCAGCACAACCCCCUCGCCUCCUGCACACAGCGGACACCUGCCAGCUAGAGGUGGCUCUGGUUGGGGCCACUCCCCGGGGAAACCGCUCCCUGUUUGGGCUGGAGGUAGCCACCUUGAGCCAGGGCCCUGACUGCCCCUCAGUGCAGGAGCAGCGCUCCAUCGAUGAUGAAUAUGCACCCGCUGUCUUCCAGUUGGACCAGCUGCUGUGGGGCUCCCUCCCAUCAGGCUUCGUGCAGUGGCGACCAGUGGCUUUCUCCCAGAAGCAGGGGAGCCGGGAUUCAGCCAUGCCCUGCCAAGCUUCCCCUCUUUACCCCACCUUGGCAUACCUUCUCCCCCAGUCACCUAUUGUUCGAGCCUUCUUUGGGUCCCAGAACAACUUCUGUGCCUUCAAUCUAACAUUUGGAGCUUCCACAGGCCCUGGCUACUGGGACCAACACUACCUCAGCUGGUCCAUGCUCCUGGGUGUGGGCUCCCCUCCGGUGGAUGCCUUGUCCCCGCUAGUCCUGGGCAUCAUGGCAGUGGCCCUGGGUGCACCAGGGCUCAUGCUGCUGGCAGGAGGCCUGUUUGUAAUGCUGGGCCACAAGCGGCACUCAGAAUACCAGUCCAUAAAUUGAGGCCUGCUCUCUAGAGGGAAGGACAUUACUGGACCUGCCUUGUAGUCUGCAAGUUUGAGGUCUGUAUUCCCAGCCAGCUGCUCCCUUUUCAGCUGCUCUUGCUUUCCUGCAGAACCUCAGAGACCAGCCUCAACUUCCUAUGGACCCAGGUGGGGCAUCCUUCAAACUCUGAGGAGGGGCCAGGGACAGAGUGAUUGCUAGAGGGAGGGUCCCCUUGGUGUUGCCUCCCCACCCUGCCACCCCCCAUUUCCCUGGAAUGGGACUCACAGGCCUAGAUGAGAGGCCUUCUGACUCUUUGCUGCCCUGGAGAGUAUGAAAUAGAUGAAUUUUUUCCACAGGGCUUAUCUCUCAGUGUGUGAGUGCUGUUGGGCUGGUUUGGGGCUAGUUCCAGGGAAUGAGAGGGCUAGGAGAUGGGCGUGGAAGGCAAGUUCUUAUUUGUGGCCCCAUUUCCUCACCAGGCCUAGUCCUCACCCCUGCCACAGGACCAGGCUCCAGCCAGCCACUCUGCAGCAUGUGGAGCUGGGAGGUUUCUGGUGCAGCCUGAGUCACACAAGGAAGUGACACUUGAGACUGGGGGGCAAACAUGAAGAAAGAGUCAAGGAAGGCGGUGGUAGUCGUUUAUUGUUAUACACACAUUCACACGGGGUUAACGUCAGCCAUUAUGCCUUCCAUCCGCUCCCCAGCCACCAAAUGUUUGGGUGCAGGCACACACACACACACACAUUCUGGGACGGAGAUUUCUCUGUCCACUCCUCUUCCCAUGGAGAGGCAUGACUUCUGGACAGUUUGGAGGUGUGAGGUUACAGGGACUUAAAUGGUUGGAAGGGAGGAGGCAGCCACUCUGGGCUGGAGCAGCUGUAAUCGAUUUGACUGAGGCUAAGGGCCUGGGAAGGCCGGUUGUGGAAGGUCCUGAACCCAGUCCUCCAGGGAGAUUUUCACCAAACAUGAAAAUCCUAUUCGAUCUGAUGCCCAGUCUUUACCUUGAGGCAUGGGCAAUAUUUCCAGUCUCCUUGAGGCACUUGGCUCAGACAACUGGCACAGAAAUGGUUGAAGUUUUGGCUGUGGCUCUACUGGCUGCCUUAGAGGAGGCUGGACAGUGGAGAAGAGUCCAGCCAUGGCAGGCCCUAGUGGCAGUGGUGGGAGGCUGCUCAGGAAGGGACUGUGUCUCUGCUCCUGGGCCUGGGCCUGGGCCUGUGCCCUCAGCAUCCUUAAGGAACAUGGCUGUCCACCUCUUUCCCUGCAAGAAUGUCUGAGUCCCUACCUCAUAAUUAUCCCAGGCUCCAAAGAUGAAAGGCAGCACCCCAACUCUGGGAGAGCAGGGGACAGUCCUCGCUCUGCUCCCCCAGGUAGCAGGGGUAGGAGCAGAAGAGUUGAGCAGCUCAGCCCCAGAGGCGGGGCCUGUGAUCCAAGGCUGAGCGGGCGUGGUCGGGGUAGUCCAGGCGGCUCUCAGAGACAGUGAACAUGCGUUCUGGCUCCACCACGAACAUGUAGUAGAAGUUCCACACCAGCAUGGACAGCAGGGGUAGGAAGGUCAGGCCGAAGCCAAAGCCUCGGAAGGAGCGGCCCACAGCAAAGGUCAGCCAGUAUAUCAGCCUGGGAGGCAAGAAAAGAUUGGGCUUUCCUGGAGGGAAGUACGUCAGCUAACUGGCAAUAGGCUGAUGACAGGGAGCAUAGAAAGUGAGGGAGGCAGAUGGGGGCUGGUGGGCACAACUGUUGUCUCUAAAAACAAGCAGUGUUUAUGCACUUACGACGUGCUAGGCAUAGUACUAAUUACUUUAGGGGCACUAUUUAAUUUAGACCCCCACAUCUCUACGAAGUAAGUAUAUUAUUCACCUCCUUUGUUUUCAAUUUUUCAUUAAAAAUUUUUGAGUAGGCAGUGUACAUUCACAUGGUUCAAAAGUCAGAGGUACCAGUGAGUAUAAUUAAAUGUCUUCCUUCUUU